AUGCAGAACCGCACAUGGGGUCCGCUUGGUGUUGCUCAGCUCGAUAUGCCAACCUUGCUUGCGACCAUGUACCCGCCUGGCCAUACCUAUGCCUUCCCGGCUGUCGGCCAUCGAUACCGCGUCCACUGCGCUCUGUCCGGGCCCUGGCUGGUGCGGAAGAUGAUCUCCAAUAUCAGCUUGGUUAAGGCACGAUGA